AUGGGUCGGCCACCGGCUGUUAUUAUUGUUGUCAGGCAUGGUGCUCGCCUCGACCAAGCAGAUAGUCAAUGGUACUUGACAACCCCGACUCCAUACGAUCCGCCUCUCACAUAUGGUGGCUGGACACAAUCGAGAUCCCUCGGAGCUCGUAUAGCGAAUAUCUUACGAAGUCGCGAAACAGAUGAUGAGUUUAUUGCUAGUGCGGAACAAAAUGGAGGGAGAUACAGGAAAAGGAGGCAUAAAGUGAUCAUACACACAUCCCCAUUUUUGCGCUGCGUCCAGACAUCAGUUGCCAUAAGUGCUGGUCUUGCACAAAAUCCUGGUCAUACACAUCAUUCUCAACGUUCUUCUUCCGCACAAUCCCAGCACAAAAGUUUACAAAUGCAUUCUUCUCCCAGAGUGCGUCCUACACAAUCAACAGACUCGCCCAGACUAGCCCCACUCCUGGAGAGCACAACUGUCCCGCCAAGUUCAAGUAGCAAAAUUAUUGGACAAACGGGCAAUAUUAGGAAAUCAAUGAUACGGGUUGAUGCAUUCCUUGGUGAAUGGUUGGCCCCGGAUUAUUUCGAGGAUAUUACUCCGCCUCCAAGUUCUAUUAUGAUGGUAGCUGGUGCCAAAGCAGAUUUAUUACGAAGAGAGGACUACAAUAGCUUGAUACAUGUGCGAGAUUUCUCUGCACAAGGUUCAUUCCAACCAUUUCCAGGUGGAUGGGGAAGCCCGGUCACAACCGACAAGAAGGAAUUCCCAUCAGUCUCGAAUUUGAACCAUGCGCUACCUAGAAGGGACCGGACCAGCAGUCUGAGUAGUGUGGGAAGCAAUGGAAGUCGCCAAAAUUUAAAGGGCGACGGUCAUCUGCUUACGUCCGAGCACGAUAUUUAUCACCCGCCGGUGCCAAGUUAUGCGAUUUCUACAUCCGAUCCUAUACCACCUGGAUAUGCUACGCACGCAAGAGAUGCAUGUGUUGACGUUGAUUAUCAAUGGGAUAGUAUGCGCGAGCCUUUGAAUUGGGGAAGUGGUGGCGAAUAUGGCGAAGAGUGGCCCUCGAUGCAUAAAAGAUUUCGGAAAGGUCUACAGAGCAUGUUGGGUUGGUAUAGCAGUAAUGAAAACUCUGGGGAGAUGGUUACGAAGACUCCUUCUGGUCCAGAGCUUGAAAAGCAAUUUUCCAUUGAUGAAAGUCAUGAAGAAGAAGAUACGGAUCUGGUUCUCAUCCUUGUCACCCAUGGCGCUGGAUGCAAUGCCCUCAUUGGGGCCCUGACUAACCAGCCCCUUUUAAUGGACGUUGGAAUGGCAUCAUUAACCAUGGCAGUUCGAAAACCCACCCCUGAGAAUACACCUGCCUCAACCCCUAGUGCAACUCCCAAAUCGCAUUCUCGCACAAAUUCCAAAAAUUUAUCCAUGUCAGACGAGUAUGAUUUAAAGCUCUUAGCAAACACAGAACAUCUGCGCUCCAGCCCCAACAGUACUUCUUCAUCCCAAACUCCUUCUAUCACAAAUCAAUCCACAUUCCGCGAUCGUCAGUCUGCCGACCCAAAUCGUUCCACUACCGUAAAUUCCAGUCUAGGCAGUAUCAGAAGAACAGCAAGUAUAGCAAGUUCCCAACCUCGCAGCUAUACAACGGCUAGACAAUCAUCAGUCGGGCUAUGGAGCGCUACUCCUCCGCCUAGAGAAUCUGUCAAUGAGAACGACGACACCGAUGCUGAUAGUAUGAUGUUGAACUUCGGAGACGAUGGCGCAAAUGCCGACGCAUCAAUUCAGUCGACCGCCGAAGAAGAAAAUAAAGCAGCUGUUGUGAAAAAUCAGGAAAUAGAAACAAGUGCGCUAGAGGAAGAUGAAGUUGCUCCCUUGGGCUUAUGGGGUUCACCAAGAUUGACGGCUAGUUCAGGUCCAGCCGUAGAUUUAGACAAGUCGAGCCAUACGCCAAAGAGAAGGUGGACUGUUAACGAAAGGGGGUGA